UCAUUUGUCCACAUAAUUUUUCUUCUCAGCUGAUUAGGCGCAUAUAUCUACGUAACUGGCACAGUUUCUAUAAAACAUGGAGGCUAGAGUGGCGGCGCAAACAGGCGAUGGCGACCGCGUACUGGCUGGCGUACAGCAUAUAUUCUUGGUGCUCUCUGGCAAAGGCGGUGUCGGCAAAAGCACCGUCGCUGUGGAGUUGGCGAUGACGCUGGUGUCGAUGGGAAAGAAGGUUGGCCUUUUGGAUGUGGACCUCUGCGGACCCAGCAUUCCAAAGAUGCUCAAUCUGGAUGGGCACAGUAUUCAUCAGUGCCCACAGGGAUGGGUUCCAGUAUACGCUGAUGCCACUCAGCGGCUAGCAGUGAUGUCCAUUGGGUUUCUGCUGUCCGACAAGAAUAACCCCAUCAUCUGGAGAGGGCCCAAGAAGCAUGCCAUGAUUCGACAGUUCCUGGCCGACGUUUGCUGGGGCGAGUUAGACUACCUGGUAGUUGACACACCUCCUGGAACGUCGGAUGAGCAUAUGUCAACUGUGGAGGUGCUACGUGGACUAAACCCCGACGGUGCGAUCCUUGUCACGACACCGCAGGCGCUGUCGGUGGCAGACGUCUUGCGCGAAGUCACCUUCUGCAGGAAGACCGGGCUGCCCGUGCUCGGCAUUGUGGAGAACAUGAGCGGCUUUGUGUGUCCCAACUGUGCGGAAUGCAGCAACAUCUUCUCCAGCGGAGGAGGAGAGGAGCUCGCCAAGAUGGUCAAUGUGCCCUUUUUAGGUCGCAUCCCCUUGGAGCCGAGGCUUGCAGAGUGCAUGGAGCACGGUGCCAACUUUAUGGACAAGUUUGCCGAUUCUGCCGCCGCCGCAGCUUUCAAGCAAGUGGUGUUGAGGGUGGCAUCGUAAUUCACGUUCAUCAAACCCGGGAGGCACAGCAGCUCAUACAUCAUGCAACACAUCUAAGGAAACUUCGCGAUUUCGUUUAACCGGCAAAAAGAGACUUCUGCGAAACGUUGGAGAAGACAUUUUUCUGCUUGUACUAUUGUGUAAAUACAGCUGCCUUUUCAUAAA